CCGUAUUCAAUAAAUUUUUAUUAGAUUUUAUUCACUAUGGUUAAGUUACCAUCGUCUCGAGAGGCAACACUAGUUUACCAUAGAGAUUGACAAUCUUCUUUCUUUCUUUCAAAAACUUUACGGAAGGCCCGAAUAAUGGCAACGUCCAAAAAGAAGACCAGGAAGCUAAGAGGCCACGUGAGCCAUGGUCACGGUCGUAUCGGGAAACACCGUAAGCAUCCCGGUGGUCGUGGUAACGCGGGUGGAGAGCACCACCACAGAAUCAACAUGGACAAAUACCAUCCUGGGUACUUUGGCAAACUUGGUAUGAGGAAUUACCACUUGAGGAGAAAUAAGGACUUCUGCCCUGUCCUUAACUUGGACAAACUGUGGACACUUGUCUCAGAGCAGUCUCUCAAGUACGCCCUCCGCCACCGACGCAAAGUGCCAGUCAUCAACAUUGUCAAGGCUGGUUACUACAAGCUGCUCGGCAAAGGCAAGCUCCCCAAGCAGCCCGUCAUAGUUAAAGCUAAAUUCUUCUCCAAGACAGCAGAACAGAAAAUCAAGGCUGUUGGUGGUGCAUGUGUUCUAUCCGCGUAACCUAAGUAUAAUUAAAAAAGUAUAAAAAA